AUGCAAAACUAUUCUAUAAGUUAAUCUUUAAAUCUCGCUUUUCAAAAACAUUAUAGAUCUUUAUUUCACAAUGACGAAAACCUUUUAUUUUUAACUGAUUCAAAUUUAAUGUAAGAUUUAUUUCAUCCUCUUUCAAUAAUUAAAACUCAUAAUUUGUCAUCAUUAGUAUUAGAUGCUAUAAGAGAACUUGAAGACAAUACUUAUCGUUUAUUUAGAGAAUAAUUUUAAAAAUAAUCCAUUAAAACUUUUAAUGUUUUUCAUUAAAACUCAUCAAAUUCCAAAUUAUGCUAAAAAAUUUUACAACUAUCUUAAAAUAUCCCUUAUUAUCAAUUAUAAUAAAAUAUAUGUGAUAUACUCAAAAUUCUAGAAGACAUUUAUAAAUUAGUAAUUAUAUUAUUUAUUUUAAAGUAAUUAAAUUAAUAGAUCGCAAAUGCUAUAAUUUUUUAAUGUUUCCAAAACUAAUUUUAGAAUGAAAUAUUUCAAGCAAUUUUAUUCUACAGUCUAUAUUCACAAUAAAGUAAUCUCAUAAAUUAAAUUUUUAGUAUUGAAUAGAGUUUAAAAAUGUUUAUUCUUAAAUUUCUCUGGUCUUGACACUAUUGAAUAAGAUUUUACAAUUUUUAAAGAGCUUAAUUUACUCAAAAAAAACAAUAUGGAUAUGUAUUAUUUAUCAUUUCACAAACAAGAAUUAUAAGCAAAAUUAAAAAAAAAAAAUUAUUCUAUUUAAUAUUUUGAAUAAUAUUUUCUUGAAAUUUAAUAAGAUCAUCCCAUAACAUGGUUUUAAAUCAAAUCCUUUUUAAAACCUAAUUUAAAAAGAAAAAUUUAAUUAUUCAAUCCUCAGGUUUGUGUAUUAUAGUUAUUAGUAUCAUUUGAUAAAUUAGAGGAUAAAGAAAGUCUAAAAUUAGAUAAUGAUUGUAUUUUGAAAAUAGUUCACUUUUUUUAAAAGAUUUCUAAAGAUAAAUUAUUAAUCAAUUUAUUAAUUAAGAAUCAAGAAUCAAAUGCAAAAGAUUUAAUUGAAUAAUAGUAAAAAGACAAUUUCUUAAAAGCAAGAAAAGUAUAUUUAAAAUAAAUUAUAAAUGCAAUUGAGUAAGGUAUAUUUGGGAAAAUUAAAGUAGAAUUAGUUGAUAAAAGAAGUUAUGAUUAAAUUAUAAUUGAUUUCAAAUGUUAAAUAAACUAAUUUAAAAAUUAAAAGUAUCAAGAAGAAAUAUAAAGAUCUUUUAAUAACUUAAUUUCUCAAUAAGCAAUUUAAAUUAAAUAUAGUUCUGAACUAUAAGAUUAGGCAUAUAAUUACAUACCCUUUAUUGAUAAUAAUAGAUCUCUGCUAUUUUUUGAAUUCUAUUUUAAUUAAAACAAAAUUAAUAUAAAUAAUUUUACUUAAGUUUUUUUGAAGUAAAAAGAAUAAAUUGCUAUAAUUUUUUAAGUGUAAUAAUUCAAGCUUUAUUAUUGUAAAAUUGAUUGCAAAUGUGUUAAAAAAGAUUGGUAAUAUUUUGAAAAUAUUUAAUAGUAAAUUACUUAAUUUAUAGCAUUAUUAAAAUUUUGAUAAUAUAAAAAAUGAUGAAUUCAUGAAAGCUCCAAUAAUUGCUGUUAUUGAAGACAAUAUAUAUUUAAAUUAUGGAUAUUUAGGAGAUUAAAUAUGGGAAUAUAAUAUAAUAAACUAGAGUGUCAUUUUUAAGAAAAGAAAAGGAUUACAAAAUGUUAAAUACUUGUAAGAUGCAGGAGAAUAAUAAAAUUACAUUUUAGAAAGAGAAGGAGCAAGUGUCUUUUACAAUUUAAUAGAAAAUAAAGAUAAUAAUCAUUAUUUUAUUGCUGGAGGAGAACUUGGUUAGAACAGUCCUAUCUGUAAUAUCAUAGAAAAAGUAUUGCCAGGAAAUGAAGGUUUUUCUUCAGGAUUUGUAGUUAAAAGUCUAUUUAAAAUAAAUUUGAAACCAUUUAAACAUUCUUUAGUUUUGGAGGGUAAUUAGUCUGUAAUAUUCCUUCCUGGAGAUUAUAAUAAAAAACGUUAUAAAUAUUCUUAAGUAAUAAAUCAUUAACAUUACUAAUAUGCAUAAAGGUUAAGUGUAGUAAGAAAUGAUUGGUUGAUAGAAAAUAUAAAUAUUGUAUAUGAGAAUGAAGAACUUGGUAGAGUUUAUCCAAUUCAUUUAAUGCCAAAUAAUUAAUAGAUUGUGUAUAAUGUUGAAAAGGAUCAUUGGAUAGUUAGUUUUUUUGGAUUAUAAUUGUAAUCAGUUGGAUCUACUAAUUUAUUUUCGUAAUAGAUUUAUAAGGAUGAGAUCAAUUAAAAUGAAUUUAAUUAUGAAAAAUGCAAUAAAAUAAAUGAAGGUAAUAUAUAUUAAGUAAUAAUUAAAAUGGAAAUCAAAGAAUAUUAAGAUUAACUUCAUAUUUCUAUAAUUCCAUUUUAAUUAGGAAAGAAUGGAUCUAUAAUAAAAAACACUGUGAAUUUUAAAACGGAUUGA